AUGGCAGCUCAACUUCCACGGCGAUCACGCGAGACCCCUCGGUUAGAAAUGGCCAUUGGCCCUUAUACUCGGCAUAACAAGAUCGGCCAAGGGAGCUUUGCCACCGUCUAUCAAGGCGUUCACACUAAAACCCGUACCUUUGUGGCCAUCAAAUCCGUCAACCUCUCCAAGCUGAACAAGAAGUUGAAGGACAACCUUUCCUCGGAAAUCGACAUUUUGAUGGGUCUCCAUCAUCCGCACAUUGUCGCCCUCAUCGAUUGCCAUGAGUCCACAUCACAUAUCCAUCUCGUGAUGGAAUUCUGUGCUCUCGGGGACCUCUCAGCAUUCAUCAAGAAACGAGAUACCCUGUAUGAUCAUUCAUCUACCAAGGACAUGAUCGCCAAAUAUCCUAACCCCGCGGGCGGGGCUCUCAACGAGGUGGUGGUGCGGCAUUUCCUGAAACAAUUGUCAAGUGCACUUCACUUUUUGCGUGAACGUGAUCUCAUUCACCGCGACAUCAAACCUCAGAACCUCUUGUUGUGCCCGGCGCCGACCUCCUAUCGGGCUGGGUCGGCCCAGGUCGUUCCGUACAAGAAUAGCGAUGACUCCUACGAGCCGAUGGCGGGUCUAGAGACGCUACCCAUGCUCAAGAUCGCCGAUUUUGGCUUCGCUCGAUCUUUGCCUGCAACUUCACUGGCUGAGACCCUCUGUGGCUCACCUCUGUACAUGGCACCCGAAAUCCUACGAUAUGAGAAGUACGGCGCUGAGGCAGAUCUUUGGUCGGUUGGGACAGUAUUAUACGAAAUGGUGGUCGGACGACCGCCAUUUCGGGCGACAAAUCAUGUCGAGUUACUACGCAAGAUUGAGAAAGGCGAGGACCGAAUACGCUUCCCCGAGGAAAAUCCGGCAUCGGACGACAUGAAGAAGCUUAUUCGGAGUCUUUUGAAGCGAAACCCAAUCGAACGUCUCAACUUUUCCGAAUUCUUCAAGAGCAAGGUGAUUACGGAUGCAAUUCCAGGGCUUGUGGCGGAUGAUCUUCCGCGAGACCGUCGGCGAUCCUCUGCAGAUGUCACCCGGGGAUCGUUGCCUGCUCGACACGACGCGCGCCCCAUGAGAUCCCCAACAAAUGAGCACCCUUCGCCCAAAGAUUCGCCCUAUACCACAGACCAUGAGGACCGUAAGUCACAAGCCCCAAACCAAUGGCCCAAGCCGCCGCGGCAAAAGUCAGAGACACCUCCCAGCGCUUCCCCCAUGCAGCGUGUAGGAAGCGCAGAUCGCCCGUCGUCGGCGAUCGCAAGGGAAUCAGCACGAGGAAACACGCCCCCGCAACGACCUUCCCCUGUGACGCAUGCCACCGCACCUGGUCGUCAAGAGCUGCUGAGUCGUGACACACCGGUCAGUGCACUCGAACGACAAAGGAGUCGAAAAACGUACGCUGGAUCACCCAAAGUUGACCGGGCCGAAAAGACAAUAGAAGAGAACGAGCAGGCCGCUCAGGAAGUGGCAUUUGAACGUGACUACGUGGUCGUCGAAAAGAGGGCAGUUGAAGUCAAUGCUUUCGCGGAUGAAUUGGCGCAUAGCCCUCGGAUUCAGGGCGGACUCGCUCGUGGUUCGGGUGGUCCGAUGCCGCGACGUGCAACGACCCAGGGACUGCCUUCGGCGGCAUCGACGUCUCCGCAUUUUGCUUCCAAAGCAAUGCAGAUCAUACCUGGCCGAGCGCGAGCCGACUCGACUCACCAGCGUCAGCAUUCCUACGAGCGAAGAUACGGACAGAGCCCGACUUCCGCCACCUCUGCCAUCUCCAAGGCUCUCAACAUGGCCAGUGGCCGUUUGUUCGGCAUGGGAUUUUCACCACCGUUGGGACUGACCAAAGGGGGCCGGUCUCCCCCUCUUGCUUACAAUCCAUUCCCGGCCUAUCCUGCGGCGCAAGCCAGCCUCCUGCUCACGGGAGAUGCUGGCGGCGCCAAGAACAAUUCCGCCAUUGAUGAAGACUGCCGGACGGUCCAAACCAUCGAAGAAUGCGCCACUCGUAGUGAUGUCGUCUACGGAUUUGCAGAAGUCAAAUACAAGCAAUUGAUCCCGCUCGCCCCGUCGGCCGUGACGGAUCCCACAGGCCAAAGUGAGGAUCACCAAGAUCUAGCUGAUGACGGACUGACCGUGGAUGCUCUUGUGACACUGUCCGAGGAAGCUCUGGUUCUUUAUGUCAAGGCCCUGUCUCUGCUCGCAAGGUCCAUGGAUAUCGCCGGUGCCUGGUGGUCACGGAAGAAUCGCGAAGACGCUUACAGUGACUCUCCGCAUCGCAAUGACAACACUGCUGUCGCGGGUGCUCGAAUCAACAACGUUGUACAGUGGGUUCGGAGUCGAUUCAACGAGGUCCUCGAGAAGGCAGAGUUUGUGCGUCUCAAAUUGAUCGAGAAUCAGAAGCGUCUGCCACCAGAUCAUCCAUGCCAUCCCGAUAACCAAGUCCAUGGCUCUACCAUUGCGACCAGCGGAUCCGGUGAUGUGACGGUGAGUCAGGGAGUCACCGCAGAGAGGCUCAUGUAUGAUCGCGCAUUGGAAAUGAGUCGCACCGCUGCGAUCAGCGAGUUGACAAGUGAGGAUCUCGCUGGAUGCGAAAUCGCCUAUGUCACCGCUAUUCGCAUGCUGGAAGCCGUCUUGGAAGAGGACGGUCUACGCUCUUCUACGGGUCAGUCCAAUAGUCAGUCGUCCCCGAGUGCCGAUAGGAGGACAGUCCCAGGCCUGGAAGGAGAGGACCGGCAGGUCGUGGUGAAGCUGGUGUCGAGCAUGCGAGGCCGCCUUGCAUCACUUCGGAAGAAGCUGGCCAUACUCUCCAAACGACCCUCGGCCGUCACGCCAACAAUGACUAGCGGAAGGAUACCCUCGUCCAACCUCGUUCCCGUGACGCAUGCGACGGGCGCGACGCCGCCUCGAUAG